CGGCCACGGCCGCCAUUUUGUUCUGCGGUGCUGGUAUUUAGAGCGCAGCGGCUGACGGCCGGGAUCGCUUUCCCAGCCGCCUGAUUGCUCGCUUCGUACAGCUCGGUGCUCGCAGCGCCCGGCCCGACCUCGCCCCCGCCUCACCGCAGACAUGUCCGAGGCCAAGAGCGGCCCCGAGUACGCUUCCUUUUUCGCGGUCAUGGGCGCCUCGGCCGCCAUGGUCUUCAGCGCCCUGGGUGCUGCCUAUGGCACAGCCAAGAGUGGCACCGGCAUCGCAGCCAUGUCUGUCAUGCGGCCGGAGCUGAUCAUGAAGUCCAUCAUCCCGGUGGUCAUGGCCGGUAUCAUCGCAAUCUAUGGCCUGGUGGUGGCAGUCCUCAUUGCCAACUCCCUGAAUGAUGGCAUCAGUCUCUACAGGAGUUUCCUUCAACUGGGCGCUGGCCUGAGCGUGGGCCUGAGUGGGCUGGCAGCUGGCUUUGCCAUCGGCAUCGUGGGGGACGCUGGCGUGCGGGGCACUGCCCAGCAGCCCCGGCUAUUCGUGGGCAUGAUCCUGAUCCUCAUCUUCGCCGAGGUGCUCGGCCUCUACGGUCUCAUCGUCGCCCUCAUCCUCUCCACAAAGUAGCCCCUCCGGGCCCACCAGCCACAGAAUAUGAUGUAAAGACCACCCCCUCCUCAUUCCAGAACGAACAGCCUGACACACACGCACGGGGCAGCUGCCUGCCAGUAGUUGGUCUUGUAAAUGCGCAGUGUCCUAGUGCCCAUUGUCUGUUGCCCCCAGCCUUGCCCCUGCCCGCCCCGUGCCGUGGACAUCUGGGCCCACCACUCCCGGUCCAGGCCCCUGACCAGUGAGGAUGCAGGCCUCUGGCCGCCCCCCACCCAUCUGCCCUAGAGUGCUCUGUGUAUAAGGAUGAAUUAGAGUUGUCAUUUUCUCUUCACUGGAUGUUUAUUUAUAAAGAUUUGACCUGUUCAUACGUCUAUGGAGCAGCCCUCUGUCUCCCAACUCUAUAGUAAUCUUAGGUAGACUGUUGCGUUGUGCGGUUACCGGUUACCGUUUGCCCUGAGACGCGUUGGAUGGAACCACCUCCUGCAGCCCUGGCUGCCAGGGCCGUGGCGCAGUGUGUUGGGCCCACUGGGCCCUGGCGCCGAACCGUGUCCAAUAAAGUUCUCGGAUGUGACUGGA